AUGGGCCGUCAGCCUCGUCAGCGCCCUAUUUCGUGCCAUUUCUGUCGUGUACGCAAGUUACGCUGCAGUCGAGAAUUUCCAUGUUCCAAUUGCACAAGCCGCGGAGUUCAAUGUCAGUCUCAGGACCCACCCCGUGUUCCUGCUCCGGCUUCACGGCCGAUUGCUAAGCGCGGAGGACCGCCGGCUACGUCUGUGUCUGUGUCUGCGUCUUCGGACCGGGAAUCCGACAUCAUUAGCCGCCUAGAGAGGCUGGAGUCACUCUUGGCAGAACGGAACAAAGACUUGGACUCCAAUGCCCAGACAACUUCAACAGCUCCGUCUAGUGUUGGCGGAAGCGAUAUUGCAUCUCGAGCACAACCAGAGUCAUCGCAGCCUUUGCCUCUUAAUGUUCAGAAUCUGACAGCCGAUGCUCUUUGGCUCGAGAGAACAUGCCUUGGCCCAAAACUAUCGGAUUCUGUCCUAGUUGACACUAUCACCUUUCGUGUUUGUCCUAUACGCUCCAUCUCUCAACCUUCCAGCUACAUCUUCCAAAACUCAAGCGGUCCUUCGGGACUUCUCUCUUUGGAGCCUACAAGAUGUAUUUGGCUACCUCAAAGGCAUGAAACCAAAGUUCUUCUCAACAAGUAUACCACAGUUAUCACAUACAUGCAUCAUGUUAUUCAUUCCCCAACUGUUUUUAAACUUGUUGACGAUGUUUAUGAUACUAUAGAAAAGGGCGAAGAAGUUCCACUGUGUUCUCUUUUCCUGAUGCUUGCAAUUUGCAGCAAUGUCACGUACGCAUGGACGCCACCGGAUAAUGAUAUGACACCUCUCUUCUCUGACUUUUCAGAAGCAAACAGCCAAGCAUUCGGAUGGCUCAAAGCAACCUUUGACGUAUUUGACGCAGCCCAAAGAAGAGCCGAGGUAGGCUUAGAGUCAGCUCAAGGGCUUAUUAUUGUGAGCUUCGUCUUGCUGAACGUAGAAGGCGUUUCGGCCCGCGCUAGGAAUUGUUUUUACCAAGCAAUCACAAUAUGCCGUGAGCUUGGAGUACAUCGUCUUGAUUGCCCCCACAAUCCGCCCUCGAUACAAAUCGCACAUUUCAGCAACCUAAAAGCAGAGAUUGCUCGGCGAGUUUGGUGGUAUCUUAUAGGCACAGAUGUCAUGGUUGGUCGAUUCCCAGGUCCUGGCGAAGGGACCUAUGUCAUCAAUCCCAUACAUAUGGAUGUUAGGAAACCUCUCAAUGCCAACGACGAAGACCUUGUGGAGGGAGAGGAACUAGUGGGACGGCCAAUAAGUCAUCCGACCAACAUGUCUUAUUUCUUGCAGAGAAUACGACUAGCCGAGGUGGUUCGUGAGUUCGUUGACAAAACUCCUCUCUUCACUGCUUCCAAUCCAGACAAAAACACAUACGACAUUGUGCUGGGGAUAGAUUCGACCAUAGAACGCUUUAUAAACGAGCUUCCCGCAUUCUUAAUGUUGGAUGCCCAGGAGUUGCAGAAACUACCGUUGGAUGAUACCCAGCGAAACCCAGGCAUUAUCGUUCAACGCCAUAUCAUGAAGAUUUUUGUCCACGGGCAUAGAUGCAAACUUCACCUUCCGUACCUAGCUCGCGGUGCGGUAGAGCCUGCUUAUGCUCACUCAAGGCGUGUGUGCCUUGAAUCAGCACAACUGGUUAUACAGACCGAACACCAACUCGAAGGGGAAUACACAACAUUCAACUUGACACGACUCAGGCUAUGCUUGAUCUUGCACAGUAUUUUCAUCGCCAGUAUCGUUCUUCUUUUGGACUUUUGUCUCGGAGUAGAUGCAGCUGAGAAGGAGCAGAGACGGCGUGACCUGGUCAAGGCAUGGGGCAUAUUGGAGGCGGCAAAAGAACACUCAAGGCCUACAGCUCGCAUACAAGAUCUCCUGAGGCAGGUUAUGAAGAAGCACAAAGUCACAUUACCGACUUGUAAGACGAGCGAGCAGUGUCUAACAAGGUCGAUGGGUUGCGAGAACCUUCCACCUACGCCCAACUCGGCGACGGCCAUGAUGUCUACCAGCACAACACCGAACGAUCCACCAGUCUCUGCAGAAGAGUUAAGUGACCUGGGGCUGAAUAUGGAUUUAGAUGGCAUGGACUGGGAAAAUCUGCUUUGGGGGUUGGAGGCCCCCAUGUUCUAA